UCCUCUCAGAACAACCUCGGAUAUCAAAAGGAAUACUUUUAUACACAAGAAAACAACCACAGAAAAUUCACCCGAGAAUACGGACGUAAUUGUUUUGAGUUUUGUAUUCUAAAAUUAUUCAUUGCUCGGCCUACUCGUUUUUUUUAUUUCUCUAAUUACUUUCAUUUUGGGAUAAACCCCAACUAAGCUAAGGAGAACAAAAGAACAUACAACUAUUUUAAGAAGAAAUCUACUUGUGAAUUAAAAUAAUUAUAAAACCAGUUUCUAUAGGAGCAGGUGACACCGACACCCAGGGGUUUAUUUGCCUGUUCCACAGCCUAUGUGCUUGUGUUUAACAUUUGACGCCCGCCGCCCUCCUACUAUGGUGAUAAUGGAAGUCCCCAGCAUCGAUGCCAUGUCCCUCCGCGGGCUGCUGGAGGGGGACGACCCGGGCUGUCUGGUCCUGGACUGCCGCUCAUUCUUCUCCUUCAACUCCUCUCACAUCCCCGGGUCCAUCAACGUCCGCUUCAGUACUAUAGUCCGCCGGAGGGCCAGAGGGGGGCUGGGGGUGGGACACAUUGUGCCCAACGAGGACACGCGGAACCGGCUCCUCUCCGGGGAGUAUCAGUCGGUAGUGUUUCUGGAUGAUCGGAGUUUAGACUUCGGACAAGUGAAGAAGGACGGGACUCUAAUGCUCGCGGUGACAGCUCUGUGCCGAGGCCCGUGUGGAGCCCGUGUCUUCUUUCUCACAGGUGGUUUUGACACGUUCUCCUCGGAGUAUCCAGAGAUGUGUACCAAGCCGUCAGCUCCACAGGGACUCAGUCUGCCCCUCAGCGCCCGUCCAGACAGCGCCGAGCCCGGCUGCAGUCCAUGCAGUACACCGCUCUAUGACCAGGGGGGUCCAGUGGAGAUCCUUCCCUUCCUCUACCUGGGCAGUGCCUACCAUGCCUCCAGGAAGGACAUGAUAGACAUGCUGGGUAUCACUGCUCUCAUCAACGUAUCAGCUAACUGCCCCAACCACUUUGAAGAGUCCUUCCAGUACAAGAGUAUCCCCGUAGAGGACAACCACAAGGCUGAUAUCUCCUCCUGGUUCAAUGAGGCGAUAGAGUUUAUCGACUCCAUCCGUAAUAAAGGCGGUCGUGUGUUUGUCCACUGCCAAGCCGGCAUCUCCCGCUCCGCCACCAUCUGUCUGGCCUACCUGAUGAGGACCAACCGCGUGAAGCUGGACGAGGCCUUUGAGUUCGUCAAGCAACGCCGCAGCAUCAUCAGUCCUAACUUCAGCUUCAUGGGCCAACUGCUACGGUUUGAGUCCCAGCUCCUGGCUACUUCAUCCUGCUCGUCGGAAGCCGGGAGUCCUGCCCUGGGGAAGAGCAGUACGGUCUUUAACUUCCCCGUGUCUAUCCCCGUCCACGGCUCUGCUGGACACGGACAGCUCUCCUUCCUCCACAGCCCCAUCACCACCUCACCAAGCUGCUAGGGGGAAUAGUAGGAUCAGAUGGAGGGCUGUCGGUCUUAGCCUGGACUUGAACUGAACUGUCACUAUUGGUGUCGAGUCGUUGUGCCUGUACUGUAACAAUAUUAGUCGUGACAGGGUCAUUGACAAUGUACUGUCAGUGUCGCUCAACUACAGGUGAUUAAUCAUUGAGUUUUGAAUAGACAUUGAGCUCUAGAACUGAUGGAAUCCCCGUUGUUGCCCUUCCUGGUGUAAAGGUCAUAAAGAAGUGAUCCUGGCAUCACAGGACAAAAUGGCUCACUUUUGGAGAGACAAACCAAGUGGCCUAGUUUAUGGGUUCAAUCCACAGAUCUGCCCUAUCGACGUGAAAGGAGUUUCUCUCGCUACCAGUAUGGCAGUAUGGUUAUCGCAUCAUCCUCUUCUGAAGGUGAAUGAUACCCACAGAUCUGCCUAGAACACCUCAACUUAUAGGAAGAGACAGAGAGGUCAAUGGCUGAAGGAGACUGGGGAAAAGGGUCAAUUCUUUAAAGGAAGUUUAGAAGUAUUUUAAUGGGAUGAAGAGAAGAAGUUGUAGUCAAAGAAUCGUUGUCAAAGAUGCAAAGUUAUUUAACGAGACGGGCAGCUUUUGAUAAUCACAUGUUUUUGUUGUUGACCUGACACAACUCUUAACAAAAUGGGCAAGUAAACCCUCCCUUGGUCACUCACAGACAGUUGUCAUAUUUAUUGCUACCAACUAGACUCUCAGGAAUCAUGAAUUACUUUCAAUGUCCCACAGCUUUGUUCACACAGAGACAAACUGUCUUCCUGAGGGAAUCCCGCUAAUGCCUCGGCAAACGACACAGGAUAAAUCACUCCUCAGGCUCUUUAUUGUUGACAAACAAUUAAUGUAUCUCUGAUCUCUGGCCAACCGGCCGGCUCGGAAAGUCAGGUUUAGUUUAAAGUGGACUGGAAAGUCCCCAUUCAAAUGCAAAUGUAUGCCUUUUAUAAAAUACCAUGAGACCCUGAAAAACCUGACAAUAUUGCAGGAAACAGCCAACCAACCAUCAGAUACCUCUGACACACCACUAUGCCUCUGAAGUGCUAGCAGCUGUUAGCUAACGCUAGCUCUGUUAGCAUCAUGCUAAUUCUGUUAGCGUCAUGUACUGUUAGCAGCUGCAAGCUCUGUUAGCAUUAUUGGCCUGCUAGCUCUGUUAACAUCAUGUACUGUUAUUAGCAGCUAGCUCUGUUAGCAUUAUUAGCAUGCUAAUUAUGUUAGCAAUUUGUACUAUUAACAGCCCUGGGAGAGUCAGAACCCCUAAAGCACUAAGACGGGGAUCAGACUCACCAGAGACUGCUGUCUGUCUGAUUACCUAUGUGAUAUUUAUUGAUCUAAAGUAAUAUAUUUCUUACAUCUAUUUUUGCAAAUGUUUGUUAGUUGUUUUUGAUACCUCUGAAUAAAUCCAAUUAGUCUUUUCUACUUCAUUGCUGAACUGU